UAAGAUCAAAAGUAAUUAACAUCAAUAAUAAUUAUUAUUAUAAUAUUUUUUUAGAGUUUGAUUAAUAAGUUAUUAUUAAGUUUUAGUAACUCAAGAAUGUAUUAUUGUUGUAAAGGUUGUAAAAACUGCUGCAAAAAUUGUGGCUAAUGUUGUGAUGACUGUUGUAGUGGCUUUUGGGAUUGUUGUGGAUCUUUUUGUGAAGGAAUUAUAAAUUGUAUUUCUAAAUGCUUUUCCAAACCUUUUUCUUUUUGUACUUUUUUAGCUCUGUUUAUUACAUUCUUGCCAACUAUUUUAAUGAUUGUUGCAGAAAUUAAAGCCAAAGAUUAUAUCUGUUCUGAAAGCAUGACUAAAACAGCUUUAGCUGUAUAAGGUGUGAACAAUCUUGUGAACUUUUGCUUUUGUCUUUACCUUAUGUUUUCGUAUAGCAAAAAAUACACAGGAUAAGGCAAAGAAGGAAGUGAAGAAAAGAAUAUAUUAUAAAGAACUAUGAAUUUAAUUUGUUAUGAUUUUGUUGUAUGCUUUUACAUAAUAGCUUUAAUUUUUUUCAUAGCAUGGGUAAUUGUAGGCCAUCACUAUUAUUCAUAAGAAAACUCUAAAAGCUAAUGCUCUCAAAACGACAAUGGAUUUUUCAUGGAAAUAUUCUUAUACAAUUUGAUUUCCAUGGAUAUUUAUUUAAUAGGAGGAGGUUUAAUAUUUAUUUGGUGCUUGAUAAUUGCUGCAUGUGAUGAAGGAAGUUGUACAUUUUAUGAUGUUUGCAGAUGCUAAGUACUAUGCUGUACUUGUGGAUUGUGUGACAUAGGAAAGCGUUAAAAAAAAACAAAUCAAGAGUAUAACCCAAAUAGAUAUCAGUAUGCCUAAUAAAAUAGAUAGUAAUACUCAGAAUAAAGAAACACUUGGCUCGAUAAAAGUAAACGCUUAUUAGCAGGAUUUGGUUUGCUCUCAAAAAAGCACGAGAUUGUUUAGCCUUAGCAGAACAAUUAAAACAAACUUUAUUAGCCAAAUUAAAAUGCAUAGUUCAACAACCAGCAUCACUAAAAUUAUUAAUAUAAUAAUAUUUAGCAGAAUAACAAUUUAUAGAAUAACCCUUAUUUGUAAAAUAGUCCUUACCAGUAAAAUAAUCCUUAUCAGCAAAAUAAUCCUUAUUAAUAAAAUAACCCAUUUUAACCAUAAAACCCUUUUGUACCUUAGAAUAAUAUGGUUUAGCAAAAUUAAAUAAACUAUAAUUAUCCUUAAUAGGUAAACUAUUAAAUGCCACCACCUCCUCCUCCUGCUUAAUAAAAUAACUUAAGCCAACCUUAAAAUCCAUAGCAUUUAAAUUAUGACUCUAACUAAAAUCAAAAUCCAUUUGCUAACUAACCUUAGGAAGAAAAAAAAGAGAAAGGAUUUAUAGAAAAAGCAAAAGAUGCAGCAACAGGAUUAAAGAAUAAAUUAUUUAAAUGA